AUGGCCCCGUCUUCCCUUGAUGUUCUGCUGAAAGGCAGCUCCGGCCGGAACACGCGCGGUCUAUUGCGGGUUAUCAUUCUCGUUACCAUUGCCGCCGCUGCAGUGUCCAGCCGACUGUUCAGUGUUAUCCGAUUCGAAAGUAUCAUCCACGAAUUCGAUCCGUGGUUCAAUUUCCGCGCAACAAAAUAUUUAGUUGAAAAUGGCUUCUAUAGCUUCUGGGAUUGGUUUGAUGACCGAACCUGGCACCCUCUGGGUCGUGUCACUGGUGGCACACUGUACCCGGGCUUGAUGGUGACCAGCGGUGUCAUUUACCACAUCCUUCGUCUUCUUACUAUCCCCGUCGACAUUCGGAAUGUCUGUGUCCUGCUCGCCCCCGGUUUCUCCGGUCUGACUGCCCUGGCAAUGUACCUUUUGACCUCGGAGAUGUCCACUUCUCCCUCGGCUGGUCUUUUGGCUGCCGCCUUUAUGGGAAUCACGCCUGGUUACAUCUCUCGUUCAGUUGCAGGCAGUUACGACAAUGAAGCCAUUGCUAUUUUCCUGCUGGUGUUCACAUUCUACCUCUGGAUCAAGGCUGUCAAGAACGGCUCGAUCAUGUGGGGUGCAUUGACUGCGCUGUUCUAUGGAUACAUGGUCUCGGCUUGGGGUGGAUAUGUUUUCAUCACCAACUUGAUCCCUCUCCAUGUCUUUGUUCUCCUUUGCAUGGGCCGAUACAGCACCCGUGUUUACAUUAGCUAUACCACCUGGUAUGCUCUGGGAACACUGGGCAGCAUGCAGAUUCCCUUCGUUGGAUUCUUGCCCAUCCGCAACAGUGACCACAUGUCCGCACUUGGUGUCUUUGGACUGAUCCAGCUUGUGGCAUUUGCGGAAUUCAUCCGCAGCUACUUGCCCGGCAAGCAGUUCCAAAAGCUUUUAACUUCUAUGGUCCUGCUUACUUUCGGUCUUGGAUUCGGUGGUCUUGUUCUGCUGUCGGUUUCCGGAGUCAUUGCUCCCUGGAGUGGUCGUUUCUACUCCCUUUGGGAUACUGGUUACGCCAAGGUUCAUAUUCCGAUUAUUGCUUCUGUCUCUGAGCACCAGCCUACCGCCUGGCCUGCUUUCUUCUUUGACUUGAACUUCCUCAUCUGGCUCUUCCCGGCUGGUGUGUUCAUGUGCUUCCAGAAGCUCAAGGAUGAGCACGUCUUCGUUGUUAUAUACUCAGUUCUUGCCAGUUAUUUUGCAGGUGUUAUGGUUCGUUUGAUGCUGACUUUGACUCCCAUUGUGUGUGUUGCGGCUGCUUUGGCCUUGUCGGCCAUUCUGGAUAACUUCCUGGUUGCGUCGACCCCCACACCCCCCUCGGAAACCAAGGCGAAGACCAAGGAUAACUCCGAGGACAAGUCGCUUCGAUCGACCCGUGAACCUGUUAUCGGCAUCUACUCCUACCUCUCCAAGUCUGUCAUUGUUGGCUCGGUCACCCUUUACUUGCUUCUGUUCGUCGCACACUGCACUUGGGUCACUUCCAACGCAUACUCGUCCCCAUCCGUGGUCUUGGCCAGCAAGCUCCCUGAUGGAAGCCAAUUCAUCAUCGAUGACUACCGUGAGGCAUACUACUGGCUCCGCCAGAACACCCCGGACAAUGCCAAGAUCAUGUCCUGGUGGGAUUACGGUUACCAGAUUGGUGGUAUGGCUGAUCGCCCUACUUUGGUCGACAACAACACCUGGAACAACACCCACAUUGCCACCGUUGGCAAGGCUAUGAGCUCCCGCGAGGAAGUCAGCUACCCUAUUCUCCGCCAGCACGAUGUCGACUAUGUCUUGGUCGUGUUCGGUGGACUCCUCGGUUACUCUGGGGAUGAUCUGAACAAGUUCCUUUGGAUGGUUCGGAUUGCCGAGGGUAUAUGGCCCGACGAGGUCAAGGAGCGCGAUUAUUUCACCGCUCGUGGUGAGUACCGUGUCGACGAGGAGGCUACUCCCGCCAUGAAGAACAGCUUGAUGUACAAGAUGUCUUACCACAACUACCAGAGCCUCUUCCCGGCGGGUCAAGCCAUGGAUCGUGUCCGUGGCACAAAGCUCCCCAAGGAAAGUCCCCAGCUCGACACACUGGAGGAAGCUUUCACCAGUGAGAACUGGAUCGUUCGUCUCUACAAGGUCAAGGACCUGGACAACCUUGGCCGUGAUCACAGCCAUGCUGUUGCCUUCGAUAAGGGCCUCAAGCGCAAGCGUGCCACGAAGCAAAAGGGACCUCGUGUUCUGCGAACCGAGUAG